AUGCCAUUCCUUCAAGCUAAAAACCACCGCCUGUACUAUGCCGACUCCCACCCCGACGGCCCGCCACGAGGCUUGACCUUCAUCUUCAUCCACGGCCUGGGCUCGUCGCAGAACUACUACUUCCCCGUCAUCCCCCACCUCACCAAAGAGCACCGCUGCAUCACCAUUGAUACAUACGGCGCUGCCCGCUCCCCAUACACCAAUGACUCGAUCUCAAUCCCCAGCAUCGCAGAGGACGUCAUCGGCGCGCUGGACGCGCUGAACAUCCCCAAGGCCGUCGUAGUCGGCCACUCAAUGGGCGGACUCGUCGUGACAGAGCUGGGCGCACGGUACCCAGACCGCAUGGCCGGCGUCGUGGCAAUUGGACCGACGCACCCAUCCGAGAUGCUGGUAUCGGUUAUGAACAAGAGGGCCGACACUGUACUGGAGUUUGGAAUGGAACCAAUGGCCAACACCAUCCCCUCCGCCGCCGUCGGCUCCCGAAGCACCCCGCUCCAGAAGGCGUUUAUCCGGGAACUUUUGCUUGGUCAGGAUCCUAAGGGUUAUGCGGCGCUCUGUCGCGCUAUUGCUACUGCGCAGCCGGCGGAUUACGCGGCCGUCAAGGCGCCGUUUAUGCUGAUUGCUGGCAAAGAGGAUAAAUCUGCGUCUAUGGAGGGAUGUAAGCAUAUCUACGACCAUGUGUCUAGCCAGAAGAAGUCGCUUGAGGUUUUGGAGGGGGUUGGACAUUGGCAUUGUAUUGAGGCUGCUGAUGAGGUUGGUGGUUUGCUUGCGCAGUUUGCGAGUGAGAUUUCUUAG